AUGCACGUGGUACGGUCGUUAAACGGCGAAGAUGUUAGUUGGCCCCCUCGGGACCUGGGCGCCAGGCACAAAAGUGAGCACCGCAAUGGGCGGACUUCCCUCACGCGGGCGGGGCAACAACCGCUCCACGGCCGCACGCCUCCGCGAGGAGUAUCCGCCUGGCGGCGGCCCCCCGCCCCUCCCCCCGCAGCGGGAAAGGGCAAAACAAGGCGACCGCAGUUCGGCCUGGCGGACGCAUCUUCCCACCCCGGACGGGCCCCCAGCAAAGUGGCUGGCCCGCAGACCAACCCGCGCCAGUCCGGCUCCCUUCGUGAACGCAGAAAGUGGCCGUCGUUAGGCCACGCGGCGCACCAUCCGCGCGGAGAUGCCCUGUGA